AUGAACUUGGCAAAGAGGAAAAUUGUACCGAAGGGAGUGUGUGAACUCUGUGGACAGGAUGAGGAGACGGUUUGCCACUUACUCUGGUUUUGCAACCACACUAAAGAGGUAUGGACAGCAAGCAAAAUAGUGCUACCGUUUGAAAUUUCUAAGUUUUGGAGCUUCUUGGAUGUGAUUGAGAACCUGCAGCAAUGCAAAGAUACUAGGCCUGACCUCCUAGAACAGGUUAUCACCGUUUGUUGGGGCAUUUGGAAGAACAGGAACGAGCUUCGGAUGGGUGGUAAAGGAAAGGCGGGAAGGACAAUAUUGAGGAAUGCCAUGAACUUAGUGGAUGAGUUACACGCGGCAAAUGAACAAAGACUAGAAGCUCAAGUUGAAACUACACCAACGAUUUCAUGGCAACCACCAAGCCGUGGGUGCUACAAAGUCAACAUGGAUGGCAUGGUCUUCUCAAACAGCAAACAAGCAGGUGCAGGUGUAAUUAUCAGGGAUGAGGCCGGGGAAGUAGUGGCAAUGCUAAGCAAGAAAUGGAAAUGCCCAUUGGGAGCUAUUGAAGCGGAAGCAAAAGCUAUGGAAGUUGGUGUUCACUUUGCCCGGGAAGUGGGAAUCUGA